AUGGAUAAUGAUGAAGACUCUAUGUCGGAAAGUGAGGAUGUGGAAAAAUCGAGGCCUGGUAAUAAAAAGAAAGGAAGACCCAAAAAACGUGCUAAAAUCUCUGAUUUUUGUGAUGAGGAUGCAACAGAGACCGUUGUUACUAGAACAGAUUUAUUGGAAUCAGUUAGUCCUGGUCUGAAAGAUGGAGAUAAACAUAACAAACAUGUGGAUGCAUUACGAAACGUUCGAGAAAGGUUUGAUCCUAACGAUGAUACAAGCCGGUUAAGGAUAAUUUUAAAGUGUGACAGGAAUAGCGAUGGAAGGACUGAGAAUCUACCAGCUAAUAAUGAAGUUGCUGCAUUGAUACCUAAUGAUUUCGAUGGUCAGGUAGAUGCACGUGAUAUCAUCAUCGAGUGUAAAAAGACUGGGAAUCUCAAAAGGAUCAGUGAAUUACAUCCUGCAUACUCAAGGAGGAAAAUGUUGCAUAUUACUAUGAGAGAGUUUUUUGCUUACCGCAUACAAGAGAGGGUUGGUGAGUCACCAAUCAUCCCUUUAUCUGGAAGAUUGUUCCAGCAGUUUUUGGUGGAUGCGUACACAAUGAUUGAGACUAAUAGACUACGUUUCAUAUCAAUGAAUCAGUCUAAACUUCGUUGCGAAAAUUAUGACAAAAUAAAGAAAACUUUUGAUGAAGGUGACACUGAUCUUUCUGACAAGGGUAAACGUAUUAUUAUACCUUCUUCUUAUACUGGUGGUACAAGGCACCUAAAAAGACAUAACUUGAAGCAAGAGGAUAGACCAGAUAUAUGUACGCGAGUCUUCAAGAUGAAACUAGAUGAUCUCAUGCACAGGCUCACCAAAGAAAAUGUGUUAGGUGUCGUAAAAGCCGCGAUAUACACGAUUGAGUUUCAAAAACGGGGGCUACCUCAUGCACACAUCGUUCUUUUUUUAGAAGCUGGUCACAAGCUACCAAUUGGUGAUGACAUUGAUAAGAUAAUAUGUGCUGAGAUUCCUGACAAGGAUAUUGAUCCAGCGCUGUAUGAGAUAGUAGGAGAUGUCAUGAUGCAUGGACCAUGUGGUGCUUUGAAUAAGGAUAGUGUUUGCAUGGCUGAAGGAAAAUGUACAAAGUAUUUUCCAAAAGCUUACAGUCCGAUCACUAAAAUAGAUGAUGUUGGAUAUCCUAUAUACAGGCGACGUAAUGACAAGAAAGUUAUCGUUAAAAAGGGUAUUGAAUGUGAUAAUGGAUUUGUGGUUCCUUAUAAUAGGAGUCUCACACUGCUUUAUAGGGCUCACAUCAACGUCGAAUGGUGUGUACAAUCUCGAUCAGUAAAGUAUCUAUUCAAAUAUAUUCAUAAAGGUGCUGACUACAUUCGUGCAACUGUCAAGAAUGAUGAUAAAGAAAACGAGAUUAAGAAACACUUCAAUUGUAGGUACGUAGCACCUUCGGAGUCUACGUGGAGAAUUUUCGGUAAUCAUACUCACCAUCGCACGGUUUCUGUAAUUAAACUACCCUUUCAUUUACCGAAUCAGCAAAUGGUCAUAUACAACGAGGAUGAUCCAGGUGACGAGGUUAUUAAUCGUGUCUCAGUUGGUACGUCAAAAUUCAUUGCUUGGAUGGAGUGCAACGAUAUGUAUGAAUUGGCGAGGACGUUAACUUAUGCGCAAUUUCCUACGAGAUUUGUGUGGAAUAACACAAAGAGAAUAUGGACGCCACGAUCAAGGAGAGUUGCUCUUUGUAGAAUCACGUACGUACCCAUUGGGGCAGGUGAAGCGUAUUAUUUAAGGCUUCUGCUUAAUUUAGUCAAAGGACCACGUAGUUUUGAUGAUAUAAAAACGGUCAACAAAGUUCUACAUUCUUCCUUCAAAGAAGCUUGCUAUGCGUAUGGAUUAUUGAAUGAUGACAAAGAAUAUAUUGAGGCCAUCAAUGAGGGCGGCUUGUGGCUUUCUGCCAAUUAUCUCCGUCGUCUUUUUGUGAUCCUGCUCACUACUCAAAGUAUAUCCAUUCCUUCUAGAGUUUGGGAUGCUACAUGGCAGGUAUUAUCAGAUGACAUCAUAUAUAAUUACAGAAAAGCUGCCAGGGACCAAACUGUUAGUCUAUCUCAGGAGCAAGUUAAAGACUUUACUCUGGUCGAAAUAGAACUUCUUUUACGUGUAAGUGGGAGAUCCUUAAAAGAAUUCACACCUAUGCCGUUUCCUGAAGAUAUUACUCUGGAGUCACGUGAUAAUCCUCUUAUUCGGGAUGAGAGGAAUUACAAUCGUGAAACUCUUAGAGUAAGAAACGAGCAGAUGUUAGCCACUGUAACCAGUGAACAGAGAAGUGUUUAUGAUGAGAUACUAGAAGCAGUUAAUAAGAACAGAGGAGGUAUGUUCUUUGUUUAUGGUUCUGGAGGUACUGGUAAAACUUAUUUGUGGAGUCUAUUAGGAUCUGCUCUACGUUCCCAAGGUGAUGUUGUUCUCAAGGUUGCAUCGAGCGGGAUUGCUGCGUUGUUAUUAGAAGGAGGCCGAACUGCGCAUUCAAGAUUUGCAAUCCCUAUUGUGGUUAAUAAGUUUACCUUCUGUUCAAUCAAGAAGGAGUCGAAUCUUGCCGACUUGAAAAGGAUUGCUAAACUCAUUAUAUGGGACGAGGCGUUGAUGAUGAGUAAAGACUGUUUCAAGACUCUAGAUAGAACGAUGCGUGAUAUAUUAGAAGUUGAGAAGCCCUUUGGUGAUAAGGUCAUUGUUUUAGGAGGGGAUUUUAGGCAAAUAUUGCCAGUGAUUCCAAAUGCCGGGAAGACAGAGAUACUUAUGGCCACUUUGAAUUCGUCACCUCUGUGGUACAAAUGUAGAGUGUUGAGACUUACACAGAACAUGCGACUUAUAGCUGGAGAUAAUAGUCGUGCUAUGCUUGAACGAGCUGCCUUUACAAAGUGGAUCUUAGACAUUGGUGAUGGUACGAUAAAUGACGAUGGUAGUGGUGAAGCCGUGAUUGAUAUUCCUGAUGAUCUGUUGAUUAAAGACUGUAAAGAUCCUAUAAAAACGAUCGUCAAAGAAAUAUAUGGGAGUUCGUUUUCGAAAGAGACUGAUCCUAAAUUUUUCCAAGACCGUGCCAUACUGAGUCCAAGAAACGAUGAUGUAGAUACGAUAAAUGAUUAUAUGGUUUCAAAGUUACCGGGUGUUGAAAGGACCUAUCUUAGCUGUGAUAGCAUUGAUACGACUGAAGAAGUUGUUAAUUACAAUGAUGCGUCUGAAGUACCCUCAGAGAGUGUAGCCAGUAAGAAUAAAGGUGAUUCCAACAAUAUGAUUUAUACCGAGGAGUUUUUAAAUAGUAUCAAGAUGUCUGGUUUCCCUAAUCAUGUCCUGAAGUUGAGAGAGGGUACUCCUGUAAUGCUUCUAAGAAAUAUCGACCCUAAGAAUGGGUUGUGUAAUGGCACAAGACUCAUCAUUAUUAAGAUGGCUAAUUAUGUUCUCCAGGCUCAGAUAAUAACAGGUAGCAAGGUUGGUGAAAAGGUACUGAUUCCUAGGAUAUUCCUCUCUCCUUCGGAGAUGAAACUUUCUUUCAGGAUGAGACGCAAGCAGUUUCCUAUCACAUUAGCUUUUGCAAUGACUAUAAACAAAAGCCAAGGACAGACACUCGAAAAGGUUGGUUUGUAUCUUCCAAGACCGGUUUUUACUCAUGGACAACUCUAUGUCGCUGUAUCGAGGGUUACAUCAAGAGAAGGUUUGAAGAUAUUGAUCACCGAUAAAGACAACAAACCACAAAACAAAACAUUGAAUGUCAUCUACAAGGAGGUUUUUGACAAGAUAUGA